AGCGUGCUAGUGAAAGCAUCGAUCAACUGAAAUAUGCCUUGCAGGAAAGGUUUGCAAAGUGUGAGGGUGAAGUUGGAUUUGACCAGACCUCUGAUGUGGACAGGGGCAAUGACGGCACUGGGAAUGCAGCCUGUCAGGAACUGCAGCACAGCCACACAGUUAAUCAACUUAAAAGUUUGUUGCAACAUCAAGAAAGAACGGAAAGUGAAGCCUCUCCAUCAAGGAGGAAGAUGUCAAUCUGUGAGGAGCUGUCUGGAAUGAAAAGUCAACUACAGGUAGCUCUUCAUGAAAAUGAGGAACUCCAUCAGAAACUGAAAUUCUUAACUGCAGAAUAUAGAUUGAUGGAACAGACUCUUCUAGAUGCCUCUGCAAACACUCGAAACUCCUGGCCUGUAGGUGGUAAUGACCACAGCACACGUCAGCCUGUCACCUCAUCACCAGCACAUAACAAAGAUCAGUCUUUUGUUACAGGAGCUGUUGGAGAAAUAGAAAAUUGGCGUGUAGAACUGGAGAAACUAAAACUUCUUUAUCAAGAAAAGGUCGAUGUCCUUAAUGCUCAAAUACAGUCCUUAAGGAAAGACCUUUCAGAAUCUCAGAAGACAUGCAUAGAGUUGGAAGGAAGGCUUAAACACCAGAAGUCACUUGUUUCAGCCACAAAUCCUAGCCGGGUUGGUGGUCUGUGUCUGAAAUGUGCACAACAUGAGGCAGUUCUUGCACAGACUCAUUCGAAUGUUCAUGUGCUGACCAUUGAGAGGGUAACAAAAGAAAGAGACGAGUUGAUAGAUGCGCUUGUCUCCCUGAGACGACACAUGAAAGAGAUGCAGCAAAGAGAAGCUAAUGCUUGUGAGCAAGUUAAACAAGCUGUGGAAAUGGCAGAAGAGGCCAAUUUAGAAAAAACAAAGGCUCUAGUCCAGUGUGAGCAGCUGAAAAGUGAGAUGGAACGGCAGAAGAAUCUUCUUGAAAGAGAGUUAGCUGCCCAGUUCAAUAAAAGGACUGACGAAAAAGCAGCACUGCGGGAAGAAAUGAAGAAGGAAAAGGAGGACUUGGCAGCAAUGGUGAUGGCCAUGUCUGAGAAUGUGGCCAUGUUGGAGGCUCAGGUAGAGAGAAUCACGAGGGAAAAGAACUCUUUGGUUAACCAGUUAGAAGAAUCACAACAUCAGCUUGCAUCUCAUGAAAUGGAGAUGAAUAAGGUGUGUGGAGAAAUGCGCUAUCAGUUGAAUCAAACCAAAAUGAAGAAGGAUGAGGCAGAAAAGGAGCUCAGAGAGUACAGAACAAAAACUAUAAGGCAGCUUGAAAUUAAGGACCAGAAGAAAUUCAACUGUGAACCCAAAGAGUCCUCAGCUGGAGACUUUAUCGAACUUGAUGCUGAAGAGCAUCAGCCUGUAGGUUGUCACCUCUGGAGAAGAUUGGAGAAAGAGAGCAUUCGGCACAGCAUUAGCAAUGAAGCAAAGGCCCAAGCCCUUCAGGCCCAGCAAAGAGAGCAGGAGCUGACACAGAAGAUGCAGCAAAUGGAGGCCCAGCAUGAGAAAACUGUAAAUGAACUGGAUUCUCUACUGACCUCCCAGAAUACAUUCAUAGCAAAAUUAAAGGAAGAAUGUUGUAUGUUGGCAAGGAAGUUGGAACAAAUGUCAGAAAAAUACAGAUCUGAAGUCAACCAGCUUAGUCAGGAAAAAGUGUAUCUUCAUGGCAGAUUGGAGAAGAUGCAGAAACAAAAUGAUGAAUUGAACCGACAAUGCCUCCAGCAUGGGAUAAUGCAUGAGAGUAUGAAGUCCAGGUUACAGCAGCUUGACAAGCACUGCCAGGCCACUGCCCAGCAGUUAGUGGAGCUGCUCAACAAACAGAAUCGGCUCUUCAAAGAGAACCAGCUGCUUACAGAAGAGGUGCAGUUUCUGCGAACACAGGUAGCUCCCCUCGCUCCAAUAGGGUUUGCACAACACAGCCCCCAGCCAUGCAGGAGCUGGGGGGCUGUGACUGAGCCGUCCCCCCUGGCAGCCGCUUCCCGUUCCGCUGCAGCCACCCGCGCCGUCCCCACGUGCUCCAAUUCCCGGUAA